UAGCGUGUAAUAUAGGCAGACUUACACUUGUGUUGUACAUGUGCUGUAUGACUGAAGGGAGAAUUUAGUUGCUACGUGUCAGCAUGGAAUGGAGAGCGAGUCCUAGAAACUCAACGUUUGAAAUGGGUGUCUGACUCGGAAUGGAAAUAUGGUUAUUUUCGCGUUGAAGAAAAACCCAUCUCGGUUUUUGUUCAUCAGUUUUUCGUGUAUAAUCAUCUGUGGAUUUGUCAGAUUUGUGUCUCUGUGGUAUAGCUUAAAAACAACGACUGGACCCUCGUAUCUUUUUAGUAAAACUACAGACAAGAAAUUUGUCGAGAAAUUGAAAACAGACACUCUUCCCAAUAGCACAUAUAGCAAGAUAAGUUUCAUCGAUCGGAAACACGCUUUUACGGUCGGAGAAGUGUUGACGGUAAAAAUAACACUGUUCAAUUCCAUGGGAAUCAGAAUUCGGCGAGGAGGUGACAUGCUCAGAAUCAUUUUGAAGGAAACCAAACUUGCUGCUAACGUGAAUGGAAACAUAACUGAUAAUGGGGACGGAACUUACAUAGGAACAGUUUUGUUACCAUGGCGAGGAGAACCACAACUGGUCGUGUACUUGUCCUUACCGCGUCAAGUCCAUGAGAUAGUGGUCAACGCAGCCAAUAGAUAUGGCAUCAUGCGACAUAUCAUGGGAAUAUUUAAAAAAUAUAAAAACAUAUCAGAAACAACACCGUGUGGCCCACUUCCGGUGAUACAGGGAUUUAAAAAUCUUUAUAACCUUACAGAAAUGGCCUAUAAUAUGCCCUGGUACUGUGUGAAGCCAAAGUCUGAUGAAUUGACGGACAAACACUGGAAAUAUUCUGUAACUGCUGCUAAUUUUACGUUACCUCUCAACGUGACACGUGUAUUAUUAGCCCAUCAACACAAGCCACUUUUGAAGCGGAUUGUUCUGAAAGUAGACGGAGAAAAGACAAUGGAAACAAGUCGCAGUCCAUGCCAUAAACUCGCCCCUGAGAAGACCUGGGAAGUUGGAACUUCGGGCUUCUACUAUAACAAUACAUGGGUGAAUAUCAACUGUAGACAUCAAUACAAACAGACCCCAAAUCAGUACGCCGAGUGUCUGCAAGGUCGCCAUCUUUUGCUUAUAGGAGACUCCAAUAUAAGGUCAUAUAUAGAAUUCUUUACGAAGUUUCUCCGUCUGAAAGUUACCAUAGGAAACCCCAUGGAAAACGCACCAGGCGUGGUGUUAGGUCACAACAGAGCCCGAUCGAUAUCCGUCACGUGGAGAUCACACGGUGUGCCGUAUUUUGCAGCCUUUCCUUAUAGUAAUCGCUUGCUCAUUCCUACCUCAUUGAUCCUGGACCGUCUUAACGUGCGUAGUGACAGUAGAACUAUAGUCGUCAUUCAUUUGUGGACACACUUUCUCACCAUCCCAAUUCAUGUGGUGGAGGAAAGAAUUCGCGAUGUUAGGAAAGCGAUCGAACGACUCCUAGCCAGGGCACCCUAUGUUACUGUAGUAAUCAAGGGUCCACAAUCCCACUUGGAAAACCAAAUAUUUUUGCAAGUGGACUUCAAAAGAGUCAGUUUUGAACGCAUAUGGCGAAACGAAUUUCAAUAUCUGAAAAAUAGAGUGAUAUACCUAAAUUACUGGGACAUUACUACAGGAAGUGAAAGUAAACAAUUACAUCCGGGCCCAAAGAUACUAGAUGACAUGGUCAGCAUAUUCAUCAACCAUGUAUGUAACGUAUGAUGAUAAGUGAACCCAUAGAUUACCUCUUGAUUACAACAGCGGUGGCAAAGUCAUUACAUGUUCUAGAUCAACCACUUGGAAUUCCAGAUUUGUUUCGGUAUUUUCUAAUCACCUUUCCUUCCUAGUUGACGUAGAGCAAGUGUAAAAACAUACAUAUUUUUUAUCCUACCUUUUUUCUGGCUGGACAAAACCGUACGCUACAUAUAUACAUAGUGUAUCUAUUCUAAGUCGGAAUACUAGCUAAAGUUUACUCACCGUUGUGACGUCUUUCCAGUUUGUCAAUAUAAGAAGUGUCAAAUAGAAUAUGCGAAUAAGAACCCAAAUCAAACCAAAGGAACUUUCAAACCCAUACACUUGCAAACAAACCCACUUGAUGUUUUUAAAUUCUAAGUGUAAGAUUUUCCCUUCAGAUAAAAAAAAACAGAACCAGACUCUGCGACAGCUCAGUGGAUAUAAUGCAGUAUCAGGGUUGUGUUUCUAUGAAAAUCCGAUCACAAACUUAUCUGUGAUGUCGUCAUUGUUUCCUUAGUAAGACAAUUCAUUCCAAUUAUUUUGAUAACAUACUGCAGGCUUCACAUUUGUUUUUCAGUGAGGUAAUUUCUAGCUCCUACAUAAGGUUCUGUUUUAGGGAUAUAAAACCGGUGUAAACAGAUACAAACAAAACAAAAAAGCUAAUCGGUUCUUUGAACUUGUAAUAUUGGCGAAAUAUGAGUAUCCUAUACAAGUUAUCAGUUUUCAUGUGAUUAAUAUGCAAUUGCUUAGAACAUUUUUAAGAUGUCUAUUCCGGUGAAUUUACGCAGACUAUAUAUAUAUAUAUAUUUACCAUUAACAGCAAUAAGAUUUGUCUUCAUGUUGUUAUUGAUUUUUGUCGUUGUUAAAUGUUUAUUCAAGAUCGAUAUUAUUUUCUGAAAAUGAGACCUUUACUAAUGAAUUCCACAUUGUUAUUACUACUUCAGCAGAAGAUAUACCUUGAUAUUUACCAUUUGAUAUACAUGUUUAUACUAUCAACGUUCCCAAUAGAUAGACUAAUUUUUUCGUAUACAUCCAUGGCUACAUUUUUCUAUUUCCAUAUUUUGUCACUUUUACAGAUUGCCAUGUAAAUAAAUUUUACUUAUA